CACGCCUCGGCUCAGCGCGCGCUCGCGCGGCGGGACAAUCCUCGCCUUGUCUGGUGGGGCGCCGGCAUCUGGAGUUUUCUGUAGCUCCGGAUACGCCUUUUUUCCAGGGCGGAGCCCCAACUCUGCUACUCCGCAAAGUGGGCGGCAUAGCAGUCCCGGCACCCCCUUUGCAGAGCCCCCCUCCGGAGUUGGGAUCCAGGCACGCACCCCAAGUUUGGUACGAGCCUGAGGGCGGCCGCGGCCCACCCCGGCGAUGGCCUUCCACGGCGGGGGACUCCGGCUCCGGCUGUUAGCGCUGCUGCUGCUGCUGCUGCUGCUGCCACCGCCCGCGGACCCGACCUCCGACCGUCCCCGACGGGGCGACCCGGUCAACCCAGAGAAGCUACUGGUGAUCACUGUGGCCACGGCUGAGACCGAGGGAUACCGGCGUUUCCUCCGGUCCGCGGAGUUCUUCAAUUACACUGUGCGGACCCUGGGCCUGGGAGAGGAGUGGCGAGGGGGUGAUGUGGCUCGCACAGUUGGUGGAGGCCAGAAGGUCAGGUGGCUAAAGAAGGAAAUGGAGAAGUAUGCAAACCGAGAAGAUAUGGUCAUCAUGUUUGUGGACAGCUAUGAUGUGAUUCUGGCUGGCAGUCCCUCGGAACUGCUGAAGAAGUUUGUCCAGAGUAGCAGCCGCCUGCUCUUCUCCGCAGAGAGCUUCUGCUGGCCCGAGUGGGGGCUGGCCGAGCAGUACCCUGAGGUGGGCACGGGGAAGCGCUUCCUCAACUCUGGUGGAUUCAUUGGCUUUGCCCCCACCAUCCACCAAAUCGUCCGCCAGUGGAAGUACAAGGAUGAUGAUGAUGAUCAACUCUUCUACACUCGACUCUACCUGGACCCAGGACUGAGGGAGAAACUCAGCCUUAACCUGGAUCAUAAAUCCCGGAUCUUUCAGAACCUCAAUGGGGCUUUAGAUGAGGUGGUUUUAAAGUUUGACCGGAAUCGUGUACGGAUCCGGAAUGUGGCCUAUGACACACUUCCUGUUGUGGUUCAUGGGAAUGGCCCUACUAAGCUCCAGCUGAAUUACCUGGGAAACUACGUCCCCAAUGGCUGGACUCCUGAGGGAGGCUGUGGGUUCUGCAACCAAGAUCGGAGGACACUCCCGGGGGGGCAGCCUCCCCCCCGGGUGCUUCUGGCCGUGUUUGUGGAACAACCUACCCCGUUUCUGCCCCGUUUUCUGCAGCGGCUGCUGCUCCAGGACUACCCCCCUGAAAGAGUCACCCUUUUCCUGCACAACAAUGAGGUAUACCAUGAGCCCCACAUCGCAGACUCCUGGCCCCACCUCCAGGACCACUUCUCAGCUGUGAAGCUGGUGGGGCCAGAGGAGGCCUUGACCCCAGGAGAGGCCAGGGACAUGGCGAUGGACAGCUGUCGUCAGGACCCCAGGUGUGAAUUCUACUUCAGUCUGGAUGCAGACGCAGUCAUCACCAACCCACAGACUCUGCGCAUCCUCAUUGAAGAGAACAGGAAGGUGAUUGCCCCCAUGCUAUCCCGCCAUGGGAAACUGUGGUCCAACUUCUGGGGCGCCCUGAGCCCAGAUGAGUACUACGCUCGCUCUGAGGACUACGUCGAGCUGGUGCAGCGGAAGCGAGUGGGUGUGUGGAAUGUGCCCUACAUAUCCCAGGCCUACGUGAUCCGUGGGGAGACCCUGAGGACAGAGCUGCCCCAGAGAGAGGUAUUCUCAGGCAGCGACACCGACCCAGACAUGGCCUUCUGUAAGAGCCUGCGGGACAAGGGCAUCUUCCUCCAUCUCAGCAAUCAGCAUGAGUUUGGCCGGCUCUUGGCCACUUCCCGGUAUGACACAGACCACCUGCACCCUGACCUCUGGCAGAUCUUUGACAAUCCCGUGGACUGGAAGGAGCAGUACAUUCACGAGAACUACAGCCGGGCCCUUGACGGGGAGGGACUCGUGGAACAGCCCUGCCCAGACGUGUACUGGUUCCCCCUCCUGUCAGAGCAAAUGUGUGACGAGCUGGUGGAGGAAAUGGAGCACUUUGGCCAGUGGUCAGGAGGCCGGCAUGAGGACUCAAGACUGGCUGGAGGCUAUGAGAACGUGCCCACUGUUGACAUCCACAUGAAGCAAGUGGGCUAUGAGGACCAGUGGCUGCAGCUGCUGAGGACGUACGUGGGGCCCAUGACCGAGAGUCUGUUCCCAGGCUACCACACCAAGACAAGGGCAGUGAUGAACUUCGUGGUCCGAUACCGGCCAGAUGAGCAGCCCUCUCUGCGGCCGCAUCAUGACUCAUCCACCUUCACCCUCAAUGUCGCCCUCAACCACAAGGGCCUGGAUUAUGAGGGAGGUGGCUGCCGCUUCCUGCGCUACGACUGUGUCAUCUCAGCUCCACGCAAGGGCUGGGGCCUCCUGCACCCUGGCCGGCUCACCCACUACCACGAGGGGUUGCCCACUACUCGGGGGACUCGCUACAUCAUGGUGUCCUUUGUUGACCCUUGACAACCACUCUGGGGCCUUCCCUGCCACAGUGCCUUCUCGCAGCCCUCCUUGGAGGGGGCUCUCUGACUCCCGCUUCCUGAGUGGGUGUUCUGUGACUUGAUACUGAAUGUGUUGCCUCAGCCCCACCAAACGGCUCUCUCAGGAAGCUCCUGGAACCCCCUCGCCCCUCCACUCAGUCGCCAAGGAUUCCUGGAGAGGGCUUCUGGGGGUUCCCCAUGUGAUAAAUUAUUGUUUCUCAGCCUUUCCCCAAUAAAGGAGAAUUUGUAACUCCUGCAUCCACCAUCAUCUUCC